GCUCAAGAGUUGGAUGCUCAACCCACUGAGCAACCCAAAGCGCCCCUCAACCUGGUUAACUUUCUUUUUGAAAUCUGAUGCCUCAGUGAUGAAUGCUGGAUUCUGCCUGGCCCAUUAUUAACCAGCAUGUAAUCCUAGCUCAUUCUCUUCAGUCUUUCCUCAAGGGAGAGAAUUAAAAUUUUAACUUCUUUUCCUAAAUAUUUUUACUAUUAAACCCCGAGUAUGUUUCCACAGCCUGUAGGAGGAUAUUAGCUUCUGCUGGGAUUUACCAUUCUGCUAAUAGUUCUCCCAGCAGGUACUUUUGGUUGCAAACUAAGCCUUCCUACAUUUAAGUAUCAACACUUAACCUUGCCAUAGAUAGGUCAGCUCAUGCCAUCUUACAGAUGUGUGCUGUUCUAUAAUUUAAGUGGAUAGAGUCCUGAAUGAGAGCUAUAAUAAAGCUGGAUAAAAUCUCCAAAAAUAUAGCCUAAAGUUGGAAUUGAACUGUGUACAUAGUUCUAUUUUUAAAAAAUGUUCCUGUGACUAAUAAAACAUAAUGGUCUGUUUGGGAAAAUAGAGAACCAAAAUGAUAUUGCCACCUCACUAUAGCUAUUACAGUUUAUCUUUGAUGAACAUGAAAAACCAGUUUUGAAAGUGGCACUUAGCAAUAUAUCCAGUGGUACCAGCAAGUCAGGAAUUAAGCAUUUGACAUUGAGAUAGGGAUUUAGGGACUAAGAAUGUUUUGAAACUUUGAGUGUAAAGUCAGAGUUCUGAAAAUCCUGCAGAAGUGCAAAUACAUGUCACAUUUAACUCUAAUGGAUGAUAAAAAAAAAUUAGGAUUAACAUAGGAUGCUGUAUAACAUAGGGAAGCUGAUGAAGGGUUCCAAGUUCUUUAAGCAAACUAAUUCCCAGAGAUAACUCCAUGCACUUAGUGAUUGGGGCAGGUGAGAAGGGGUGGCUCUCCUAAAAGUGAUCAUUUUUAUUAAAAGCUUACUAUAUACACUAAGCGCCAUGUAAAUUACCUCAUUAAAUCUUCCCUACUGUCCUCUGGGAUGGUUUUACUCUCCCUGUUUUACCAAAGAGGAAGUACAGUCUUAGAGAGGUCAGAUGAUUGCCCAGGUCCUCAUAGCUAGUAGCCCGUAGAUUUCCAGAUUCAAAUUCAGGGCUAUCUUGUUUCUUAACGACUGUAUUCUAACCGUCAUACUAUGCUGCUGCUUUCAAAGGGCUGAGACUGCUCUAAGGAAGUGGUCACAGCUACAUCUAUGAGUGAACCUGGUGUGACAACAGCCUGGGUACCAGUGUGCAGAGGUGAAAUUGAAGACCUUCCAUAACCGGAUCCUAAAGUUUGAAAAGAUGUUGAUGGAGGUCCAGUCCAAAGAGCCACCUAAUAUAUGAUUGCCCAUUGGAAUGUCACUACCUGAUGUUCGCUAGUGUCUUGGUGUGACCUUCUGAGAGCUGGUGAAGAAGUCUCCUAUGUGUUGAGGUAUCACUCUGAAUGGAGAAGAGACCACCAAAGAAAGUUAAGUCCCUGCUGCUGUUGAUGUUGGGGCUCACCCUCGUGAGGGAGGUGACAGCCCGGAAAAACCCUAAAACAGGGGAUACAGCCCUGUGCCCUCCCCUGGAGGAUAACAGCGUGAGGGUCGACAUUCGCAUCCUCAGGCAAAACCAGGGGGGUAUUUCCAUCUCAAAUGAUUUCCAGAACCGCUCCAGUUCCCCCUGGGAUUACAACAUCACCCGGGACCCCAACCGGUUCCCCUCGGAGAUCGUGGAGGCCCAGUGCAGGCACUCGGGCUGCAUCAACGCCGAGGGGCAGGAAGACAGCUCCAUGAAUUCCGUUCCCAUCCAGCAGGAAUUCCUGGUCCUGCGGAGGGAGCCCCAGGGCUGCUCUCGCACCUUCCGGCUGGAGAAGGUGCGGGUGACUGUGGGCUGUACCUGUGUCACCCCCAUCGUCCGCUACGUGCGCGCCUGAACGGCCGCUUGGCUGAAGAAGCUGGAAAAUGCCAUUCCUUACCCAGCGCUCUUCAGCCAGUCCUGUGCGGUCCCAAUUUUCUCCACUUCAUAGGCCUCUUGAUAAGACCUGUGCGGAAUUCUCAAAGCUCUGUAGUAGUUAUAGUGUUAGGUUUCUGGGGCGCCUCCAAAUCAUAGCAUAGUCCUGAGCGGUUCCACUGCCCCAGCCCCCUGAAAACGGCCGGAGGAGAAUGAAGGCGCCCUUGGCCUGCUCUGUUUACGUGCAGCGAUGACCACUUCCUAGCCACAUCAACACUGUGAUAUGGUGCCACUCCCCGAGAAUUCUGUUGGCAAAUUGGGGCUCUGUGCCAUGUGGAUGAAAAUGUAAAAAAUACAACCACAAUGUAAGAGUGUGUGGGAGGGACUGUGCAGGGUGGGGUGGGAAGGAUGGGGAUAAGGAUCUAGGGCAUAUGUUUAUUAAACAUUUGCUAAACACAGAAGUUGGCCUGAUACUCACAUUUGUAAGGAAACUCUCUGUAUAUUUAUGAUAUAUUGGUUAUAUAAAAUUUUAGGAGAAAAAUUAACAUAUCUAGUACUAAUGUAAUAAAGUAUUCAUGAUUGAAAAAUA